AUGGGUAAAAUGAAGAAAGCACCAACAUCUUUAAAGAACUCAAUUUCAAAAAAUACAUUGAAAAAGAUACAACAUAAAUUAAUGUUGAUGUUUGGUAUGGAUUAUAGAUCAUUAGCAUUAUUUCGUGUUACUAUGGCAUUAUGUGUGAUUGGAGAUGUUAUUGAACGUUCAACCGAUCUUAGAGUGAUGUAUUCAGAAUAUGGUAUGAUGCCACGUCAUUUAAUUGUUAGCCGAUUCAGUAGUAACUAUUUUGCACCAAUUCAUUUAAUCAAUACAUCGGUGGUGUUUCAAGCAUUCCUAUUCGCUUUACAUAUAGUAUUUGCAUUAUGUAUGAUGGUUGGAUACCGUACAAAACUAUUCUCAAUUCUAACUUGGUUCAUGACCAUUUCAUUACAAGCUUACGUUGGUAUAGUUGGUCAUGGCGGUGAUGUUUUCUUUCGUAUGAUGUUAUUUUUAAAUAUUUUCAUACCAACUGCUAAUUACUUUGCAUUUGAUACCGCUACUUUCUUUAAUGAUCCACCUUCAAGACGUCCAAGUUUAUCAAAUAAUAAUAAUAAUAAUAAUAAUAAUAAUAAUAUUGCUAUUGGUGGUAAUAAUAAUAAUAUUGCUGCUAUUAAUUUAUCAGAUCCUGAUCCAUCAUUACCAUUACCACAACAAAAUGAUCAACAACACCAACAACAAUUACAAAAUGAUCAAAUUCAACAAUUACAAAUUCAACAACCACCAUUAUCACCAUUACAAAUUCAACAACAACAAGAAAGUCAAUCAUUAUUACAUUCAAAUGGCGGUGGUAGUGAUGAAACUGGUAUUGAAAUUAAUAUAAUUAAUUCAGAAGAAAAGAAUAAUCAUCAAUCAAUGAAAGAUCCUGAUAGUUAUCGUUUCCUUUCAUUUGGUACUUUUGCUAUACUUUUACAAAUGGGUUUAAUGUAUUGUACUUCCUAUUUUCAUAAAACUGGUGUUGAAUGGAAAAAUGGUGAAGCAACUUUCUAUGCAAUUACACUUGACUAUUUCGCAACUGAUUUCGCAAAAUUCCUAUUACAUUUCCGUACUCCAUUAAGAUUAUUAACAAUUGCAGUUGCAAAAUGGGAAUUAAUUGGAAUUUUCUUUUUAAUUUCACCAUUUUAUUCAGAUUGGUGUAGAUUAUUUGGAGCAUUUGGAUUUAUUGCAAUGCAUGCUGGAUUUGUAAUGUGUUUACGUUUGGGUUUAUUCUUUUUCGUUACAGCUGGUGCUCAAUUAAUUAAUAUACCAACACUAGCAUGGGAAAUAUUCUUUAAAUGGACUGAUAAAAAGAUAUUAAAAGGUCAACGUGCUACAAGAGUUUAUUAUAAUACAACUAGCCCAUUUAGUCAAAGAAUAGCAUUAGCAUUGAAAACAUUUUUCAUUAUACCCGGUCAUGCAAUUUUCUCACCAUUAGAACAAAUGAUUAAUCAAGAAGAUUCAAUUAAUGUUUCACCAAUAACUCCAACAACAACAGCAACAAAUUCAACAACCAUCACUACAAAUGGUAUUGCAACUAAUAAUACUGUUGCUUAUUCAUUAAGUGGAUCAUCAUCAUCAUCAAAUGAUCAUUCAGACAAUGAUGAUGGUGAUGAUGAAAAUGAUGAUUUUGAUAGAUCCCAUGGUCGUCGUAGAGGUGGUAAUUUACAUCAAAAGAACAGUGGUAAUCAAAAUCAUAAUAUUAAUAUGUUACAUCAUAAUAAUCAACAACAACAACAACAACAACAACAACAACAACAAUUGAAUUUAUUUGGUAAAAAAGAUUUAGUUGGUGAUGAUUGGUUAGUUACAAUUGAUGCAAAUGGUAUUAGAAAGAGAAAUAUUUAUGCAUUGAAUUUUAUUUUAAGUAAAUCUAUAUUAUUAUUACCAUUAUCAAUGGCAUGUAGUUAUAUACCAAAUGGAGUUUGUAAUGUUUUCUCAAAUAUUUGUCAAGUUAUUCAUAGUCGUUCACAACAGAAACAAAUUAUGUCUGGUGGAAAGAGAACACCAUAUCAAAAGAGAAGAUAUCCAGCAUCACCAACAUCACGUAUCUAUGGAAUAGUAAAUAACAUUUGGAUGUUAUUCAUUUGUUACUUUUUAUUAGCAUACAAUUUGAAUGUAUUUAAAAUUAAUCUUGGUUAUGACUAUUCUUGGAAUCAAUUCGCUUACAUUUUCAGAUUGGACCAAGGUUGGAACAUGUUUAGUCCUGCACCUCCAAAAACCCAUUGGUGGCAUGUAAUCCAUGGUGAAUUGGAUGAUGGUACAAAGGUUGAAUUAUUCAAGGAUGAAGGUAUGUUCAAAUUUGAAAUUAAUACCGUUGUAAACUUUGAAAAACCUGAUCCAUUCUAUAAAUCUUAUGGAAAUCAUAGAUGGUUUAAAUAUUAUGAAAAUGGUUACAAUCAAGGUAAUAGUGAUGCUCUUAGACUUGAACAUGGUAAAUACAUUUGUAGAGAAUUUAAUACAAGACAUUUUGGUGAUGAAAUGCUUUAUAAAUUUUCAGUUUAUUUCGUUUAUGAAUUCCAAAAUUUAGAUGGUACCGUUGGUGAAAAAUCUCAUUCUUCUUUAUGGAAUCAUGUUUGUUAUAAUAAAGAAGAUCCAUAA